AUUUGGGUGAUGAGUUGAGUACUGAUGGAUAAGUUGAAGUUUGGGAGGGAUGGAAUGAGGGGAUUGCCUCCUGGGUUCCGAUUUCAGCCGACGGAAGAAGAGCUUGUGUUUGAGUAUCUAAAAUGCAAGGUCUUCUCCUGCGCCUUGCCUGCUUCCAUCAUUCCAGAGGUCAAUGUUUGCAACUUCGAUCCUUGGGAGGUUCCAGGAGGGGAUUGGGAGGUGAAACAGAGGUGCACAUACUUGUUCAGCAACAAGGAAGAAACAGGAAAGAAGAAUGGAAGAUGCCUGUGGACUCCGAGUGGGUACUGGAAGGCCAAACCCAAAGGGCGUGAAAGGAGAGUAGUAAGCUCCAGUAGUAGCAGUCAGAGCGUGAGUGUGGGGAUGAAGAAGACUCUGGUUUUCUACGCCAAUAAUAGGAACAGAGGUGGGAGUAGGACGGGGUGGAUUAUGCAUCAGUAUCGCCUCAUCGCCACUCACCCUCCAACUCAUACUCCAACUGCAUUGAAUAACAUGAACAAGUGGGCUAUUUGCCGCAUCUUUUGGAGGAAACUCCAAUCCAAUAAAUAUAAUCAUCAUCGUCAACAUCAUCUGCAACUCCAAUAUUAUUCUAUGUCUACGAACCAUUCCGACGGCAACGCCUCCGCCGCCCCCUCCACCACCUCAUCCUCUUCCAGUACUUCCACCAGUUUCUUCGCCAGCUCUGUCCAACAAAACUCUGACGAUGAUUUUUCUGCUUCUUAAUUAUAUUUAUUUAUAUAUAUUUCAUACUUCUCUUUUGUUUCCAAUCUAUAUUAUGAUAUUACCUAUUUAAAUGAACUGUUUUCAACAAAAA